GCAAAAUCGGUUUUUGACAAAUUCGAAUUUGGUUUUUGGUGUAACUUUAAAACAAAUGACUGUAGGAACAUGAAAUUUUUACUGGCUAUUUAUAUAUGCCUUUUCUAUACACGAUAACAUUUUCAAAAUAUUUUGAUUUAUUUUGAACUGUUUAGGGACAUUUUCAUUUUCCAUUUUUUUUUAGAUUUUUUUCUAGAAAUAUCAAUAAAAUUUUAUUCGUUGGUCAAAAAAGCUUGAAAAUUUAAUAGAAGGCUCCUAGUAAAUUGUUCCGAAGGCAGAUGAAAAAUAUUAAAAAUCGUUAGUCACAGUUUUUUUUUUAUAAGCAUUUAAAGUUCAAAAAUUGACAAAAUAUGGAAAAAUCACGAAAAUUAGCAAAUUAUUUUGAAAGAAUUCGUAAAAAUUUUCUUUUUAAAUCUAAGAUUUAAAAAUGUAAUACAAGAUUCCUUAUAAGAUUAUCUACCUUUAUCAAAAAAAAAAUUUCUAUAAGAAAGUAUAGGUACUAUUAUAGGUCAAUUUUUUUUUACCGAUUUCUAAUACCAUAGAUACGUAUGUAAUAUGUUUUAAACCUAGACUGACAUACCGUCUCCACUCAGAAUCGUUUUUCUUAUACAAUGAUAUUAUAUCAUUGAAUUCAAAUUUAAAAUCAUCCAUUAUACAGUGACCUACUUGUAACCUACUGUACAUGCAGAAGAGCGACAUCCACUUACCCACCUUUUUUACAGUGUAUUACCACUUUUACCUAAUGAUUAAAAAUUAAAUUAUAUUUUUGUAUUGCAUAUAUUUGCUAUAAUAUACAUCUUAUACUUUUUGUUUAUAAAAAUUUAAAUAAAAUUAAUAAUUAAUUAUUACUGCAAAAUUAAAAUCAAGUACCUACCUAUUUAUGUUUGUAUUCAAUUUUUGAAUUACUUGACUGGGUGUAAUAGUGUACCUAAAUAAUUAGUUAUUACGAGUAAAUAAUAAUUUAUGCAAAGUUAAAAAAAAUAUACAAAAAAUGGUAUUCAAAAGUGACUAUAUAUGUUAUGAAAUAAUUUUUCAACAUUUUUUUUUGAUUUUAUAUUUAUUUAGAAAUGAAGAUUUAAUUAAUGAAUUAAAUAAUGUAAUUCCGUCUUCUAAUGCAGAAAAUAUGAUUUUGAAUUAUAACUCAACAAUUGUUUACAAUAAUGUUUUAGUACACGAUUUAAAUCUUGAUGAAACGUCUGUAUCGUCUGUAGUGAAUACAUUAUCAUCGGAUAUAAAUAAUUUAGAUGCAACAUUGAUUUUUCCUGAAUAUAAGGCCUCAUGUUCUCGAUUAGAGUGAGCAAAGAUUUAAUACUAUUUUUCUUAUAAGUACUAUAAGUAUUUACAAAUAAAUUAAUAUGGGCAUAAUAAUAGUGUAUAAUAUAAUUAACAAUUAUUGUAGAGACAACAAUAUUUCUGACCAUAACCUAAGUGUUAUGUAUACUGCAUCUGAAGAUAGUUUAUCAUCGGAAAAUACUACAACUGCCGAGUAAGUGUGUACAAAAAAACUAGUGUUAUGCAAUUUAAUUUAAUUUUAAUUUUUUACUAGAACUUAUAAUAUACUGUAAAACAUUUAUUCAACUAUGUUAUUUUUUGUUUUUUUUUUUUUUGAAUUCACAGACCUUUAACAGGCCGAAGAAUUAUUGAUAUUUUUCACUUUAUCAAUCAAAUCCAAAAGGUACACAGUGGUGGGUUCGGUUGUUCAUUUAUUGACAUGGAGUAUCAGAAAGAAACAUUUGUAGGAUUUCAGUCGAUUUUAACAUUCAAAUGUAAAGUGUGUAACAUCAAAAGUAAACUUUAUACAGAAAAUCCUAAAACAGUACAAGUCCCAAUUAAUAAAGCAACUGUUCACGGCUGUCAAGCAAUCGGUAUUGGUCACACACAGCUGUCUGAAUUGUUUUCAUUUCUUGAAAUCCCAUCGUUAUCGAUUAGUGGUUAUACGAAAGUACAAGAAAACGUAGCUGAUAUUGUGCAUGCAACAGCAUGGGAUGAAAUAAAAAAAGCUGGUGAGGAAGAAAAAAAAAUGGCGUUGGAGUGUGGUGAUAUAGACGUAGAUGGCACACCAGUCAUCACAGUUGUUGCAGAUGGGCAGUGGUCUAAACGCAGCUAUCGGACAAAAUACGACGCCUUAUCCGGAGCAGCUACGAUAAUUGGUUUUAAAUCUAAAAAAGUGCUUUUCGUUGGAAUACGCAAUAAAUAUUGUUGUAUUUGCCAAAAAUCGAAAAAUAGUAAAAAAGUCGCACCUGAUCAUCAAUGCUUCCUCAAUUGGAAAAAGUCCUCAACAAGUAUGGAGGCCGAUGGCGUGGUUGAAGGAUUUAUGAAAAGCGAGGAAAUGCAUGGAUUAAAGUAUAAUUGUUUAAUAGGUGAUGGGGACAGCAGUGUGACUAAACGCUUAAAUGAAAUUCAGCCGUACGGUCCCAAUUUUCACAUAAGAAAAAUUGAGUGCCGAAAUCAUUUGAUGCGAAACUAUGCCACCAAACUUACAGUGAUUGCUAGAAACACAAAAUACCCACUUCGUGUUCGAAAAUAUAUUCUAUCGAAUAUUUUACGAUUUAGAGGUGAUAUCACAAAAGCAGUUAUACAUUGGAGAAAUAUAAUUGGAGUAACGAAAUUAGAAAAGAUAAAAGGUAUUCAAAGAGAUGUUGCUAACGCCCCAUACCAUCGACUUGGUCAGCAUCUAAAGUGUGAUUCUUAUUUUUGUAAUGGAUCGAAAAAUAAUGAUUUAAACUUAGUGCCAGAGGCUGAAAGCUCUGGAAUGAUGAAUGAAAUAAAAAACUAUGUAUCAAGACUUGUUUUAAAUUCCGAAAGUUUGUUAGAAAAUAAAAAUAACAACAUGUGCGAACAAUUUAAUUCUUUAAUAAACAAACACAUAGCCGGUAAAAGAUUAAAUUUUUCGAGUAAAAGAAGCUAUAAUACUAGGGUAGAAGCAGCCGUAGUUUCAUUUAACUCUAAACAGUAUCUAAGAAAAAUACACAAAAAGAUCUCCAACUGUAGUCCAGGAAAAUUUGGGAAAAGAUUCAUAAAAAAUUAUGAACGAAUAAGAACCAACACAUUAAAAAGAAGACAGUUAUUCCCAGAAGCUAGAAAAACUAAAAUUAUUUGUACUGACGGUCCAGAUGCUGACUAUGGUUUGGCAGAGCCGCUAACAAACCAAUAUUCACCACAAGAUUUUGAAAAAAAAAAAAAAGAAUUCCUUACAUCCUUAGAGAAUGCAGAUAUUAAAAAAAUUGAAGAUGAUACUAGAAAUCAAAGUGAAAGUGAGAAGUGGUACUAUGAACGCAAAAAACGAAUUACUGCCUCUAGAUUCGGACAAGUUUGUAAAAUGCGUUCUAGUACCAGUUGUAAAAACACCGUGUACAAUAUACUUUAUGCUGGAAAUGUCCAAUCUAAAUAUUUACAAUACGGCAGAGAUACGGAGCCUAUCGCUCGUAAAAAAGCAGAAUGUAUAAUUGGCGAAAAAAUACAAAUUUGUGGUUUGAUAGUGGAUCCUGAUGAGCCAUACUUAGCAGCAAGUCCAGAUGGCUUGAUUGGUAAAACGGCAAUUAUUGAAAUUAAAUGUCCAUAUAUUGCAAAAGACACUUCAAGUGCAAUAGAUGCUAUUAACAAAAAAUUAUUGCCAUAUUGUAACAUAGUAGAUAAUUGUACAAAACUUAAAAAAGAUAAUAUUUAUUAUUAUCAAGUAAUGGGCCAGUUGCAUAUUACCCGCAGAAAAUUAUGCUAUUUUGUAAUAUAUACCAGUAAUUGGAUUACGGUAGAAAAAAUUUAUUAUGAACCAGAAUUUUGGACUUCUAAUAUGGCAGAAAAAUUAAAAAUGUUUUAUAUGGAUUGUAUGCUACCUGAAAUAAUUCAACCACUUUAUCCAAUAAGAAUGUUGAAGUCCGAUAUCAAAGAGCCUGAGCGUAUUAUUAAAAUUAUGACCACAACUAAUAAUAAUUUUAAAAAAAUGUGACCUUUAUUCUCAUCAGUUAUUCUAUAAUAUUUUUAAUAAAUGUGAAACGUGUUUUUAAAAAUAUAUUACCAUUUCAGAUUUUAUUUAGAAUGUUUACUGCCAGAAAUUGUCGAUCCACUAUAUGGAAAACGAUUUUUGAAAAGUGAUAUUAGAGAGCCUGACCAGUGACCACAUUAAACACCAAAUUAAUAAAAAAUAAAAAUAUACCUAUAUUAGUUUCAUGUAUGAUAUAAUAGUGUUAACAUUAUAAUUGACAAAUGAUUACCAAUAGGCAAUACUGUAUUUUUUAUUUAAUUUAAUUUGAAUAUUUAAUAACUCAAUAGCAUAUAUAGUACCAACGGUAAUCGUAUCUUUGUAGAGAAAGGUAGAAUCUUAAAAAUAAUAAUAGAUAGCUUUGAUACGGGCUACUGUAUCAUCUUUAAGAAGUACCCAAAAACUGUAAUUUAAAACGUAUACCUACCUAUGUAGUAGCAGUAUAACGUAAAAUCAUAUAUUCAAUAAUUAAAUUACUAAAAACUAAUACCUAUUUAGAUAUUUAGGUAGGUAAUAUUAGUUUAGGAUACUGUUAUAAAGUAGAUAUUAUUUACUGUAUUGUUUAUAUUUUGUAUGGAGUAAGCAUCUAAUAAUGCAAUAAUUAUAAGCUGAGUCGCCGAGAAGGUAUGCGCGAAUAUUACGGCGGAAACGCGUCAUAAUAUAAGGUGUUUACAUUUUAUAUUUACGCGAUCAGACACAGUCGAAGGUUGAGGAAAUAAUAAACAUCGCUCCCGAAUGAGCACAAUCGUCCGCCGGUCGCCGACAACGAGUAUUGGGCGUGGCUUAAACGCCGCGUGCUUGCGCAUCGUGAAAACACUUAACAGCGCGUUCUCUCGGCCGUUCUAUUCGUUUCGCUUUAGGUGUAGCGUCCUCUUAACAGAAUUAUUAGAUACUUACACAUUUAUGUUGAAUAUAUUGUGUUUUCAUUCGACAAAUUGUUUACAAAUACUAUGCGUAAUAUAUAUUAUACAUGGGUGAUGUCAACAGUUUGAUAGUGUCGAAAUUGUUUUUAAAAACGUGAUACAUAU